UCCGGUGAGGUCCUCUCGUUUUGUCUCAUUUUCGCUAAAACCUCUUUUGUCAAUUCGAAAUUCAGGUAGAUCUUGUUGCUUUCAAUUGUCCGAACGGAGAAGGAAUAUUCGCCAUCCAGAUUCUGCCGAUUGUGGAGUGAGCUUAGAGUUUUGCUCAGAAAGAAAAUCUUUUGCGAAUGGAGAAGGCGAAGGCAGGGGUAGAACAUAAGGUUUCAAAGAUUCUCAGGUUCAUCCAGACCAAGAACGAUGUCCCAACGGAAGCAAAGGAAGAGCUUCUUGGGCUCGUCGAGGAUCUUCACGACCAAUGGCAGUCACUCUUUUCCGUAUUUGAUGAUCUUCAAGAGCGGUUGGAUUCCGAAACUUGUGCUAGAAAAGGUAGCCUUGGUGCUGCUUCUUCAUCGUCCAGUUCAGAUUGGGAGUACUACUCUUCGGAGGAAACCGAGAGUAAUGCUGGUAAUUUGAACGAGGCUGUCGCCGGGAAUUUGAGCUCCAAGGAAGAGAUUGAAAGUGAUAAGUCGAAACGCAAGAUCGAGGCGUUGAACCCGGGGUAUGCCUCGGUGUUAGCUGACAAGAAUCUGAGGAGCAAGACUGGAGAGAAAGAACAGGAACUGACUGCACAUGUGAAGGAGCUUGAACGAAUGCUGAGCGAUGCAAGAACUGAGCUGAGAAGGCAGAUCGAUCAGAACGGCAUAUUAGAAGAACAGAUUGCGACGAGAGCAAGUGAGGCUAGACAACUAGGGGAGAAAAACAAAGGACUGAAUUGUCGGAUAUCGGGUUUGGAAAUGGUCUUGAAGGAGAAAGGAGAUGAAAUAUCAAACCUGGUGAACAAGUUUGGGAAAAGUGAGGUGAGGUUAACAUCUAGAAUCAAAGAUUUGAAGAGUCAGGUGAGAAACCUAAUGCUGGAGACAGAUUUUCUGCGUGCCCAGAAUGUGGAUUUGGCAGGAAACGUCGAAGGUAAGAGAGUCGAGGAGAUAGAGCAACUCAAAUCAAAACUCGAGAAGAAAAUCGAAGAAGUUUCAGAGACUCAGAUGAGAUUGAAGCAUCUGGAGGAGGAACAAGAGGAAUGGGUUAAGGCUAACUUGAGAAUCCUAGUGGAAAAGAACGAUCUAAUGACAAAAGCGGAGAAACUCGAACUGGAAUUCAAUAAUUUACAGAAGGAAAGAUACGAGUUUAAUGAGCAGCUGAAGAGUAAGAGUAUUGAGAUUGAUCAGCUCAGAGAGGAGAAUCAGAAGCUGCAUACAAGGAUUGCAGAGAUGAAUUCAUCACAAAUGGAGAAAGAGAGGGAAACCAUUGAAGAAAUAGAAAUCCGGAGUAUGAAACUGGACAAGGAACUUUAUGGUCAGCAGAAGCUGGUGAAGGAACAAAAUGACAUCAUUGGCAGGCUAUCAGCUAAGAUCAAAGAUCAGCAGAGACUUCUCAAGGAACAGAAAGACGCCAUCGAUAAGUUCUCGGAGGAUCAAAAGCUAGUGAAACGCUGGUCCUUUGGUUCAACCCGAGACGCGAAACUGAACGUUAACCUUCUGGAGAAGAAAAUGGAAGAACUAGCGGAAGACUUCAGGAUGAAAAUGGAAGAUCAUAUCCGAAUACUGUACAGGAGGAUCCAUGUGGCAGAACAAAUACACCUAGAGAGCAAGAACAGCUAUAUCAAAGAAAACAUGGCAGGAAACAGAGAAGGAAACCUCCCUUUCUGCGAAACCCAGUUCAAGAAAAUCAAGGAUAUGCUGGAAAAUGGACUCGCUGGAUCCGAAAUCGCGAUCAAGAAGCUAGAAGAAGCCGGAGAAUGCACGGUCCGGAUGAACAGAAUGGCAAAUGGGAUAGAUGGGGCAAGAAAAUGGGUGAGGAAGAAGAACAAUGAGGUGGAAACAAUGGCAGCGAAGCUAGAAUGCAAGGAAGCUCAAGAAAAGUUGCUGAAGGGGAAACUAUCGAAACUCGAGAGCAAACUUGCGGAGGAAGGAACCGAAAAACUGAGUUUGACAAAGCUUCUUAGCAGAUUCGAGACGAGAAUCAAAGAGCAGGAGGCCAAGGUGAAGGAGAAAGAGGUUGAAUUGGUGAGUUUAGCAGAAGAGAAGAGGGAUGCCAUAAGACAGCUCUGUGUUCUGGUUGAUUACCAACGUGGUCGGUACGAUGAUCUCAAGAGAUCAAUCUUGAAGGUUGCUCUUAAAUCAUGAGGUAAAAAAAAAAACUUUUUUUUCUGUGAUUGAGUGGGACAAGAUCUCAUGAAUUCCCAAUGCUUUUUUUUUCCAAAAAAAAAAAAGAUUCUGGGUUCGAGGGGUUUUCAAUUUUCAAAAAUCUUGCUCGCAUGUUCUUUUAUUUUGUUUUUUUUUUAAAUAUAAUUUGUUAACCCACCCACCUUGCUAAUUUGUAAACAUUAUUGCAAGUUUUGGGGUUGUUAUUUUCUUGUGUAUUAUGUAUUUUAUAGCCUGUGAUUGUAAA